GCCAACAUUAAUAUUGUUUAAUUAUCACAAAAUAAAGAGUGGAAGAUGAAAGAUUUUGAGGAGUUUCAUAUGAAUGGAGGUAUAGGAGAAGCAAGCUAUGCCAAUAACUCUCUACUCCAGAGAGAGGUGCUUCUAAUGACAAAGCCAAUAACAACAAAAGCUAUAGCUAGUCUCUACACCAAACUAAGACCAGAGACAAUCUCCAUUGCAGAUUUGGGUUGUUCAUCAGGACCAAACACUCUCUUGUUAGUCUCCGAGCUCAUGCAAGCGGUUGAUUGUGCCAGGAAAGAGCUCCGGCAUCGCUCCCCAGAAUUUCACAUACACCUAAAUGACCUUCCCAGCAAUGACUUCAACACCAUAUUCCGAUCGUUGUCGCAGUAUAUGGAAGGUUUGAAGAAAGAGAUGGGAGAGGAGUUUGGGCCAUGUUUCAUCAGCGGAGUUCCCGGAACGUUUUAUGGGAGACUUUUCCCUACAAAUGCUCUGAAUUUCGUCCACUCCUCUUAUAGUCUCAUGUGGCUAUCUCAGGUACCGCAAAGGGCAGAAGAGAAUAAGCGCAAUAUUUACUUGGCAGCUAGCAGCCCUCCUUGUGUGGUAAAAGCAUACUAUGAGCAAUUUGAAAGAGAUUUCCUAACAUUUUUAAUGUGUAGGUCUGAGGAAAUAAUCGUUGGCGGGCGAAUGGUUUUAACAAUUUUGGGGAGAAAUAGUGAAAAUCCGUGUGAUAAGGAAAGUUGUCACAUAUGGGAACUCUUAGCUAUCGCCCUCAGUGAUCUAGUGGACAAGGAUUUAAUUGAAGAUGCGAAAUUAAACACAUUCAACCUUCCUCAUUACACCCCAUCUCUGGCGGAAGUGAAAUGCCUAGUCGAGAAGGAAGGGUCUUUCUCCAUCGUCUCCUCAAAUGGUAGAUAUAUUGAUUGGAAUGCAUGUGGUGGAGAAGUGCACGAAAGUAGAAGUGUGGAAGAGGCAGGUAAGAGUGUGACCAAGUGCAUGAGAGCUGUGUCAGAGUCCUUGUUGGUUAGUCAUUUUGGUGUGGGAGUUAUUGAGGAGACGUUCCAUAAGUAUCAAAAGAAUAUCACAGAUUCCAUGUCUAAAGGAAAUAGACGAUAUUUCAAUGUUACAGUCUCUUUGGUUAGAAACCAAAUGGAUAACUAAUGUAGUACUUUGUGAUCAAUAAUUGGCUUACAUCAAAGUGUUGCUAAUUUAGCAAUUGAAUAAUUGUAAGUCAGAAUAAUUGCAAUAAUUACACGAACUAAACCUAUAUACACCAAAGUGUUUCUCAAUGUGUUGGAGUUAUAACUUUCAUACUAUCCAUUGGAAAUAAUAA